AUGCCCAUCCCAGGAUGUCACCUUUCUUUAGCUUCCAAAUCCAGCUUAUGUCUGGAUGAUGUGACACAUGUAGUGAUGUGUUUGUAGUGAUGCACGAAGACCGACUGGUCAUCAGUCUCCCGUGGUGCUAUCAUCUAUUAUCAGUGCUCCAUUCCUGCAAAGCAGCACAGCAACAUAGCAAUGUCAGCCAGGUCAUCCUCGUGGUCGCUGUGGUUACUCUGAAACUUGCUGUAUGCAGCCUGGAACUACGCCCUGAUGUGGUUGCCAUAGCAACAGAGCAGACGACCCUGGAGAUUUUUUUGACAUCCUGCGGUUAGCAGAGGUCGAGGGUUGCGUGUCUAUAUUUUCCAGCAUGUCAUGACAAUGUCAAGACCGCACUUCGUUUUUCUUUCUUUCUCUUCCUCAACUAUUUCCUCCCCUUUGCUCCCCUUGUCUUUAUUUCCUCUUUCAACCUCGUGGUCCCCCCAUUACAGACAGUCAGCUGGAAACUCAACCCACCCUCCCUCACCCCUUCCCCUGCUCCUCCUUCCAUCUCCUCCCCCCUCAUCUCACUGGCAGGAAGCAGGAGGCAACCUUGCCUCAAUCGAGAUGAGUUUAUGACAGCAGUCUUGUUACCAUCACUGUUUAAGAGUUUCAGAGGAGGAUGUGGUGAGAUGUGUUUUUGUGACCCAAGUGUUAAAUACUCUACUGUAACUGUGUGUGAAUGUGUGUAUGAGAAAUCAUUUAUGCACGUGUGUCAGUGUCUGUGGGACUGAGGGCAGCAAACUGAGCUGUCUCUGCUUGCUCUCCCUCCCUUUUUUCAUUCCUCUUUCUUCUUCUGACUUCUGUUUGCACCAUAGACGAAUGCAGUGUGGACUUUAAAUGUGUGUGCAAAUGGAUGUUUGGAGAGGAGGGGAGCCUUGUAUGUGCCUUCAGUGCACGCGUGUGUGUGAUUGUGGAGUGGCUGAUGUGAGGUGGAAUGUUCUUUGGAGGUAAAUCAGGGUAGAGGAAUAAAGCAGAGGCUCCAGCUGUGGUCAGGCAAGAUGGUGCAGCGCUUCAGUCUUCGUAGACAGCUUUCCAAGAUCGAGCGGUUGGAGGUUAGCGGGCUGGUACAGACUCCUCUUGCGGCAGACUCGUCAUACCCUGCCGCUGAGGAUGCGACUGUGGAUCCGCAGCGCACAAAGCAGGCGAUCGCCCAGCUGCAGCAGAAGAUCCUCAAACUCACAGAACAAAUUAAGAUUGAGCAGACAGCCCGGGACGACAACGUUGCGGAGUACCUCAAACUGGCCAACAAUGCGGACAAACAGCAAAGCACACGCAUUAAGCAGGUGUUUGAGAAAAAGAAUCAGAAGUCUGCACAAACCAUCCAGCAGCUACAAAGGAAGCUAGAGCAUUACCACCGUAAGCUGCGGGAAGUGGAGCACAACGGUAUCCCACGGCAACCCAAGGAUGUUCUUCGGGACAUGCAACAAGGUUUGAAGGACGUUGGCGCCAAAGUUACAGGCUUCAGUGAGGGUGUGGUGGACAGUGUCAAGGGAGGCUUGUCCAGCUUCUCCCAUGCAACGCACUCGGCCGCUGGGGCUGUUGUCUCCAAGCCGCGGGAGAUUGCUUCAUUGAUUCGAAACAAAUUUGGCAGCGCCGACAACAUCCCCUCUUUGAAAGACUCACUGGACGAUCCCUCGGGGGAAGAAGGUGUGGCAGGGGUCCUAGGUGGUCGUUCGCUGGGCAGUGCCGGCCAUCACCUCCAGUCCAGUCCAAAGUAUGGCAGUGAAGAUGACUGCUCUAGUGCCACGUCUGGCUCAGCAGGGGCCAACAGCACCACAGGGGCCCCUGGAGGCCCCCCCAGCUCUAAGGGUAACACACUGGAGAAGGCUCAUAGCUCAAGCCUGGACAUGCUGUUGCAGGAGGUGCAGGACCUGAGAGAGGGCCAGGCAAGAUUAGAGGAGAACCUGGAUGGCUUGAAGAGUCAGUAUCAGGGAGACUACACGGUCGUGAUGCAGGCGUUACAGGAGGAACGCUUCAGGUGUGAACGCUUGGAGGAGCAGCUCAACGACCUGACAGAGCUUCAUCAGAAUGAGAUACUGAACCUCAAACAGGAGCUGGCCAGCAUGGAGGAGAAAAUAGCCUACCAAUCGUAUGAGCGAGCACGAGACAUUCAGGAAGCUUUGGAGGUGUGUCAGACCAGAAUUUCCAAGAUGGAGCUCCAUCAGCAGCAACAGCAGGUGGUCCAGUUGGAGGGGCUGGAAAAUGCCACGGCCAGGAUGCUCCUGGGAAAACUGAUCAAUGUGCUGCUGGCCCUUAUGGCUGUCCUUCUGGUUUUUGUGUCAACUGUGGCCAACUGUGUGGUCCCUCUGAUGAAGACACGCUCGCGCUCAUUCUCCACCCUCCUCCUCAUCAUCCUGAUGGCCUUCUUGUGGAAAAACUGGGACGCUCUCUCGAGUUACACGCAGCGCGCCCUCCAGCCCCCAGGAUGACCACACUUGAACCAGCAUGUGCUCCUUUGCUCACGCCAGGUGAUGAAAGCGUAGCUUGUGUCAUGGCCGAAGUUUUACAAGAGAGCCGUUAAGAUGGCUAUGUGGUCGGCACUGCAAAUUGGGCUGAGUUCAUUUGGGACGUCGCCUGGAAUCGAUACAGAGAGGAAGAAAGCAACUUGUGAACACACAUGAUUCUCAGCUAGGAAAGACGAGACUGUUUACAUUUUUUUAAAUGAACUGUUGUAUUGAUAUCUGUUUUCAAGUUAAAUCAGUUAUAAUAUUAUUUCUAAUUAAUAUUUUCUUUUUCAAUGUUAUUUUAUUCAGUACCAUGUAGCAUCACGCUCCUCGUGCCACCUCAAGAGGAGUUUAGUCAGGAAACUGGUUUUGCAACUCACAUCAAACAAAUGUGAUCGUUUGAUGGAUUGCCUUGCAGAACACACCUCUAACUGGUAGAUUUCAACCAAAACCUCAAACGAGAGUUGCUCUGCUUUUUUGCUGUGAGCAGAUGUGUCAGGACCAGUGUUGGGAGUCAUUGAAUUAGAAAUAACAGUGUUGCUAAUGCCAUUACUGUUUUCCAGUCAAUUCGAACUAAUUUACAUGUUGGAAGGUUUUUCAAAAAAGUAACGCAAUAAUUACUUUCCCUGGUAACAUUUGUGAAGGAGCAAUUACUUUUUUGAGAAAGUGACGAUAACUAAUUACUUUCAUAAAGUAAUUUGCCCAACACUGACCAGGGCGAAACAGUUAGAAAGAUUAGACUGAACCUUUGGUUGUCAUGUUGACGACAUUGUUCUCACCAUUUCUAAUUGCAUCAUAUGAUUUUAAUGAUUUCAUUUUGAAGUUACACUGAUAACAUGCGACUUUAUGAAUUUGAACUUAAGUGUGUGUAAGACUGAGUAGAGGAGCAGUGCAUAUGAACAGAACAUCUGGUCAUUCUCAAAUAUUUGCAAUAUUUGCAGCACACAUCUAUGAAAUGAAGACAAAUGACACGUGAGCCACAUGUGUUUUUAAAUACAAUGAUAAAAGUCAAUUGUCCAAGUAAACCCAAUUUUCUCUGAUAAUCACCUCCCUCAGCCAUGUUGACCUGAGACCAUCUCAGAUGGACCAGGGCCUGCUGCUUUAUAUCCACAGUGCACAUUGUUUCCACUGCCACUCCAGUUACAUGCACUCUGUCCAUUUGUGAGGUUGUCCUUUUCAUCACACACUCGCCCCCGGCUUAUUAUCUCUGCGCUUAUCCCUCUUUGCUUAUGGUGAAAUCACCCAGUGCCAAACCUGAGUCUACCCAGGCAUGCCUGAGGGGUGGCUGGGGUUAACCAGCAGGUCUGUCAAGAAUGUUGAUAUUUUAUUUUAUUGGAGAGGCAUCUUUACUAAGGGAGGGGAUCAGCUUUAACAUUUUAGAUAUAAAUCGCAGUCUGCACCCUCAGUCUUGUGUCUCGUGAACUCUGCCUUCCCGAGUCCAGUUCCUCAGCACACCACUUUGUGAUCUUGUCAAGGACAUGUCAAGAUGACCCAGUGCGGAAAAUAGGCCGCCCUGUAUUCCACGCUGACAUGCUGAUGAACUGUAUAGCUGCACUUUAGCACUCAAUUAGAUAUCAUAUAGGUCAGGCCUUUUGAUAGCGACGCCAGAGUUCAUGACUCUUGCGACAAUCGUCCUCAAAGGGAGGAGUGCAGAUCGCUCACAUUACACUCACAUUAAUCAAAAGGGCAACUUGAUUCCUCUCAAUUGAAUUAUUCAGAUGUUUCACUUUUGCCAUUUUGGUUGCAGAAAACUAGUUGGAGAGUGAGUUGAUAUUUGACCUCAGCUUGACCUUGAUGUUGGUUUAUGUAAUAAACCACUCCAGUGCCUUCUGAUAUGCUUUUUCCAAGUGUGGAAUAAAUAAAAUGCAUUCCUAACUCA